UGUCCAUGACUUCCUUUUUUUUUGGUAUGUAAGCAUAUGCCUACACACAUGUUGUCUGUGCACUGACACUCUAUUCAGUGCUUGAGAAAACACAGGAACUGAUUCAGCACCUACUGAACUUCCCCAGGUAAUGGGUGCGGCCAACCAAAAAGUAGGAACUAAGUUACCACUUGCGAUUAAAGUACAACUCACACCACAGCCAGGAUGAUGUCAUAAAGUAGGACGACUGUGGAUUUCAACUAAGAAAAACUUGAAGAAAAGCUUCCGCCUGGAAAUGUAAAUCCUCUUGUACUCUGACCUCUCACGCCUUAUCUCUCAGGCAAAGAAGCUGAGACUUUCAUCGGGAACACACCUGAAGGGCUCUGCAAUGCAAAUGGGAGUUUACAAAGGGAAGGAUCAGUGACAGAAAGGGAUCAAAUGUCCAGCAACUGAAAACACUCAUCAGGGAAAGAGGCAUCAACAAAGGCUCUAGAACGAGGGCUUUUUCGUAACAGCUCAACAAGUCCCAUCAUGUCGAGGUAGAGUUUGUCAGGGUGUGCAGGCAGACGCAGCCUAGUUUCCUGACAGAAACGCGUGUGCAUACGUGGGAUUCAAAUAUCCAGUAUUUGCUCAACAAGACAGAUGGCAUCAUGAUUUUGAGCUUCAAAAUAACCUAAGGAUUCAUUAAAGGAGGACGUACAAAAGGAUACAAAGACUUUUCAGGACCAAGCAAGAUACGGACUUCUCAACCAGAGCUGCCAAAAUGCCACUCAGAACUUCGUUGUACAGAAAGCAAGCCUCUGGUCGUUGGACCAGCAGGAAUUCCAAGCGCAGAGAGGUGCUGUCCGUUAACAUGAUUAGCCUGCCACUGGCUGAUUUUCGCCACAUCACACAUAUUGGCAAUGAUGCCCACACAGACAGCUUUGGAGACCUGUCCUUUUUAAAGAUGGGCCAGAGCCUGCUUUUACAAAGUUCCCAGAGUGAACAGAACAUCUUCAUGGCCUGCGCUCCUCCACCAAAGCCCCCGCGACUAAACCUGGAUGGGACGGCAGGAUCCGAGAGCCCCGACUGGUCUGUUGGCCACCAGUACAACACCUCCCAAAAGAGAAAGAAAUGCAGCUCUAUGCCUCUGCUGGACACUGAGGAAGUUGAAGAAGAGAUAGAAAAGGUGGAUGGCUACCAAAGAGGAAAUAAUGUUGCUUGCAGUCAGACUCUUGGUGCUGGUCGGGGUAGUGUGAGUUCAACCAAGGAUGGAGAUUCUACAGAAAUGCAUGACAAAACUACUGAAAAGCAGAGGGAGGAGGACAGUGGAUUUUCCUUUAGCCUUGACCUGGGCCCUUCAAUCCUGGAUGAUGUUCUGCAGGUGAUGGACAAACAGCAGAAUCUGUAGCCAAGCAUUUCUGGAAGG